GUAGCCCACUUCUUUAAUGAAACAAUAAAAAAGCGUUUUCCGAAAGCUGAGAAUGUGUCACUUAUCGUGAAGCGCAUUUAUUUUCGGGAGUAUAAAAUUUCCAGUAAAAUGGAAUAAAAGACAUGUUCCAACAGAUGACAGUGCCUUGAAUAAGAGCCUGAAGGAGACCGGAUGGACAGCACGUGGAGAUGCAGACGACAUCAAGAAGACAACAGAAGGUGACAAUCCGGACUCAAUUGUUCAGAUGGACGAUUCUGUUGAUGAAGUUGAUGGAGAUAAUGCUUUAAAGGCACAUUCUACUGAAAAAGUACCUAACGCUUAUGUUGGCAAGCGGAACUUCAUUCACCAGUUGAUGGAUGUCGCUCUCAUGAUGGCCAACGUGUCUCAACUAAAAGCUCUUCUUGCCUCGGAUCACGAGUACUACUACCUUCUUCUUACAUUCAUCUGUAUGUCUAUCGGUCUACAGGUUGUGUUUACGAUUUGUAUGUUGGUGAUCUGCUCUAUAGAGAGAACACUUGAAGAACACAACAAGCCGGAGUCAUUACCAGAAGCACCUUGUCCAAAGAUUGAAAGAAUGAAAUGGCUUGCUACGUGGCUGGACAGAGUCGGCAGCAUUCUUGUACUGUUUAUAAUUGUAUCUAAUGUUUUCAUCGCUGGAUUCGGCGUAGAAAGUCAUAUCAUACACAAUGGUAGCAAAUCGUAAAUUGAUCAAAUUCAGUAAUUUUAGAUAAACAUGUAUCAGAAACGACAUCAUGGGAGUUUUGUUAAAGCGUAAAUGAAUAGACUUUUAUCACAUUCCGUGUAAAUAAGUCCAUUAGAAAGGACCAUGCAGGCAUUAUCUCAGGAAUACGGGGUCAUCUGAUUGGAACAACCGACCGUCAGCAGGUUAAAUGGCCGGCUUCCUCACCCGAAAAUUCAGCAGUUGAGGGGGCUCAGCACAACGUUUGGCAUUCGAAUGAGUGCUAUAAUGUUUAGAAACAACGAAUCCGCGUCCACAUGCACUAACAAAUACCUAUACUUAUUGAUGUAUGUUGAAUGUGUAUUGUAUAUUUAUUAUAUAAUGAUAAUGUGUUUUCAUGUUAGCUGUGAUAUUAGACUUUAAAUUAUAUUAUUAAUUGUGUAUUUUUUCUUAUAUCGUCAGAAUUUGUUCACAAUAAAUAAUGAAAUUUC